GGCCCCACCCCGCUCCCCAGGCAGGCGGCCGGCGGACUUGGCUAUCCAGUCUGCGGCGGCGGACGUGACGCCAGGCCUGGCCACGGGCCGCGCGGGCACCCUGUCAGAGGUGUCCCUUGCUCAGGAAUGGGCCCGUGGGCUGCAGCUGGCAGGAUGAUUCUGCCGGUGGUCCUGAUGCUGUCUGCGGCCGGGAGUGGAGCUUUGGCGAGCACCGAGGAUUCUGAGCCGCCCUCCGUGCCUGUACCGACAAAUGUUCUAAUUAAGUCUUAUAACUUGAACCCUGAGGUAUGCUGGGAAUACCAAAGCAUGUCACGGACUCCUAUUUUUACUGUACAGGUAAAGAUGUAUCCGGGUACCUGGACUGAUGCCUGCACCAACAUUUCUGAUCAUUGUUGUAAUAUCUAUCAACAAAUUACAUAUCCUGAUCUAUCUGCCUGGGCCAGAGUUAAAGCUAAGGUUGGACAAAAAGAAUCUAACUAUGCAUACUCAGAAGAGUUUAUUAUGUGCCGAAAGGGAAAAGUUGGACCACCUGGCCUGGACAUCAGAAGGAAGGAAGACCAGCUCAUUGUCCACAUACUUCACCCUAAGGUCAUUGUAAAUGGAGAAAGUCGGAGAACCAUGUUUGGUGAUGGAAGUACUUGUUACACAUUCGACUAUACUGUAUAUGUAGAACAUAACAGGAGUGGGGAGAUCCUACAAACAGAACAUAAGGUCGAACUAGAAGAUUGUGAUGAAAGUCUGUGUGAGUUAAACAUCUCGGUGUCCACGCUGAACUCCAGGUACUGUGCUGCAGUAGCUGGAAUCUCGUCUUUCUGGCAAGUUAAAACAGAAAAAUCAAAAGACGUGUGUGUCCCCCUUCUCCAUGAGGACAGAGAAGAUUCACUUUGGAUUCUGGUUGUUGCUCUUCUUAUUGGCUUUACAAUACUUAUCCUGGCAUUUGCAUGUUGGUAUAUUAAGAAGAAUCCAUUUAAGAGGAAAAGCAUAAUGCUACCUAAGUCCUUGCUCUCUGUGGUCAGAAGUGCUACAUCAGAGACAAAACCUGAAUCAAAGUAUUCACUUGUCACAUCGUGCCAGCCAGCUGUCCUAGAGAAUGAGACGGUAAUCUGUGAGCACUUUUCUACAGUGAUAGCUUCAGACAACCUAGAACAAGCAGAGCAUGAAGAACUUUCCAAAGAAACAAAGGCUAUGGCUGCUGAAGGAAGCACCUCUGCCAUGACCCCGGACAGCCCUCCAACCCCGAUACAAAGAGGCAGUUUCUCCCUGUUCAGUAGUAACCAGUCAGGCCCGGGUAGCCUUACCACCUAUCACUCCAGAAACGGCUCUGACAGUGGCCUCGUAGGAUCAGGCAGCUCCAUGUCUGACUCUGAAUUCCUCCCAAACAACGACUCGGAAACAAAGAUGGCAGAGCAAGCCCCUGUACCUGUGAGAAAGGCCCCCACUUCCUCUGGUUACGAUAAACCACACAUGCUGGUCGACGUGCUCGUGGAUGGCGGCGGGAAGGAGACUUUGAUUGGGUAUAGACUCACAGGAGAUGCCCAGGAACUGUCCUAGGGCCUCCUGAGGCCAGCCGUUGGUGAAAGAACGGACUUUUUAGGCAGUUUUUCUGCUUUGAUUUCAUGAAAGAAGUUGAACAUUAGCUAAUACUAACCCUAUAGAGUAUCCGAUUUAGAUACAUGAGUAAGGAGCAUGUGGGCACUGUUGGAUCUACUCCGCAAACGCCAGAACUAUCAAAGGAAUGCAUUGUCCUUACUGGCUCCUCCCUGGACGGGCUAGCAGCUGUGGGCUUCCCUCUGCUAGCCUUGCUUCCUGCACCACCUGCUCCUCCAUCCUUACCACCUCACAGGACACGGUGGUGGACUGCUUUGUUCACACACCUUUGUAUUUGUAAGUUCAUGUAUAUAGUAUGUUUACAUGUUUUACUUUGAAGGGAAAGCUGAAACUACUCAAAGCUGGAUGUAAGUUUAUGAUAGAAUUUGAUAGAACACAUGUGGGAGCUUGUACAUGUUUUUUUAUAGAGCAUUACUUAUAUUUUUUAAGUAAAAUAUUUUGAAACCAAA